GGGAGAGAGAAGCUUAAUAUUGUUGCUUAUUCUUUGGGACUUGGUUUCUGAACGUUUGAGUUUCUCCCACAAAAGCAAGUUCGUGAUCUUCUUCAAGUAUUUAAUUUACCUAGUAAUCCCACUCUGCGGAGUUUCUCAGAUACAACUACAAAUUGGAUCAUCUAAACAUACAUAGAGGUAGCACCAGUGAAAAUAUAUCAUCGUCUCUUUCCGCCGAACUCGGGAGACUUUGAGUUUCUUCCAUUACUUUUAAAGCGAAAAGAAGAGAAUUGCUGCAUCAUAUAAGCCGACAAGACAUCAGACAUGUCCAGCCAAAGCUUGAAGAGUAGGCAAGGACAAAAAGACACGAACCCAUGGAUUGAUCGUUUUAAAAAAGGAAAGCGGGGAAAAUCAGUAACUAGAGUAAAGGUACAUCCAAAUCCUCCUCUAGACACCACGAUGAUCGAGAAAGUAGAUCCAAAUUCAAGAAUUGAGAAUGAAGUACCCUCUUUAACAGAUAUGAGAAAAGUGGGUACCCCACUGGGGAUGAAUGUUGAAGAAAGCGUCUUAGAAGUAAACAAGACUGAAAUGAAAUUGUCAGAAAUUAAACGGGGAUCGAUAACAGAUUCCCAAAAUGAACUUUUGCAUCGUCGCAGUCGUUACCCGAAAGAGCCAUGUAUUAUACGCGCUAUGGUAGCACUUGCAUUUAUUUUCUCACUCAUAAGCUUUUGUUUGGUGCUCAUUAUGAUGAAAGAGCUGAAGAAUAACUGCGCCUGUCACGAAAAGAAUCAAGGUUCAGGUAAGUAUGUAUCAUCGUGUUAGAUCGUCAGUAAUGCAUCCCAUUUACAGGGGGGACACUCCCUUAUUGACCGAAACGGGUAUGUGCCACGGACAAUUCCACUUUUAACGCCUUGACUAGGGUGUCUUAGCUAUCUGGACCGGGAGUCUUGAAAAGGGUUUUAACAGGAGCCCGGUGUUAACGUAAGCGGUGCGCGGUCUACAUGUGUGGUACCAGGCGAAAUGAGUCAGAGUUUGGAGGACUCUGUUCACACCCCUGCCCAAAGUUCAAAGUGUCCCCCCCGGUCUCACUUCAACAACAGAAUACAUUUUUAAAGGAAAGAUGUUUUUAAACGAUCUGAUUUUUCUUCAAAAAUUUUGGGUGCCUUCUGUCCACCUUCUUCAGGGCUUAACUGAAAGUUUUUUUGGACUUGCACGUAAAGGGGCUUGCGUCUUUGGCGAUGUGAAUGAGAUCGGUUAAAAAAAAAAAAGAAGAAAGAAACAGCGUAAAAUUUAAAAAUAACAGCAAGUUCUAUCUAUAUAUUGUAUUUUGGUAUUCUGUUGAUCAAUAGAGUAACGUCAACGAUCUCUAUCAGGUAUUAUUUAAAUCAUGGAUUUCUAAAGUGUGAUCGAAUGGAAGUCAUCUGAUGAUCACUGCCAAAAAACCGUUUUCUUUGCAAAUAUACUUUGAUAGAGAUUUACGCAAAUCUACGCCCACUGAGAAGCAUUUAUAAAAAGAAAAUGGAAGGAACUGAGUCGUGCAGUGCGUUCUUAGUCCGGCGUAUAAAACUCUACGUUAGUUAUCACUUUUACAUCACUUUGUAAGAAAACUGAUUUAUCGUUUAAAACUAAACAUUGAUUACGGACGUUACGAUAUAUUUUUACACCGCUUGGCUUGAUUGACUUGUGUGUGGUCAACAUGUUUAUUCACGGGAUAGUUUGCUUUAAAGAGGCAAAAUGUCAGUUCUUGCCCCUUAAAUUGCAUUUAUUGAUUAACUAAUAAUAGCAACCGAAGAGAAAAAUAAAAUUACCGAAACCAUAGUACCUCGCUAACGAAAUACGACGAUAAAAGAGUCGUUGACAACUGACAAACGAAGACGAUUUAUAAAGUGCGUGCGUCACCAUAUAACUUGAGACAAAACGAACAUGGCAAAUCGUGCUUGUGUUCUUUUGUUCCUUUUUUCUAGAUCUUUUCCUUCCUCUUUUUCUUCACUUCCUUCUUAUCUUUACUGCCUUUUUCUUUUCUUUCUAAAAUUAAACUCUAAGGCAGUACUAUGUAUUCAUUGUGCAAAAGGGAGUAUUAUGUAUUUCGUUCGUGGUCAAUAAAGUUGCUUGCUUUCUUGUUUGCUUGCUAGCCUGCGUAGCAAGCGUUUGCGUGAGGCUUAGGAGCAAAGAACAAGGAACGAGAAGCAAAAAUCCCGCCUCGGUCUUUCUCAGUGCUCCGAAACCACACGGAAACGCUUACUACGCAGGCUGGUUGCUUGUACAAAGAGGUGCAUUGACGGCCUGUAUCAGACAGCAUGUCUUAAUCACAAAUCUACGAAAUGCAGCCUUAGAACAUAAUUUAAUACGAAACAGUUAAGAUGAAUUGUACUUUGGGCCCUGAAGUGGUCUAAUCAUAUCUAAUCGGCCGGUUCUACGGAAUCCAGCUUUUGUGACACGUUAAACUGGGAAAGGAAAAAUAAUGAAGCUUAUAGCCUGAGCGUCCAAUGGAUUCUUGUAAAAUCCCAUGCAGAACUAAUGGUCUUUUAGAGAAUAAGCAGCUUUUUUAAAACUUUUAAUGGUUACUUGUGAUUCACUGAGUUGUCCCUUGUCUAAAGUGAUACGUGUUUUGUGAUAAAGAGGAUAGACUCGUUUUACAAAUACCCCAGUGUACUUUGAACUUAGAGAGUUAGCAAUCGGUUACAAUAACUUGACCUUAAAAAAAGGGAAAAGAAAAAAAGAAGAAGAACAAAGCUAGGCCAGAGUCUGUGUUUUAUUUCAAAGACCAAUUAUUUCAAUGGAAAUAGAUUUGGAAAAAUCCGAUGAGAUUGACACUUUUCUUUGGUACAUUUCAUAUAACUGAAUCAUUGAGCGCGGGAUUGUGUCGACGCCCUAACAACAGGGUGGAAGCAUUUAGUUUUUCCAAGUUUUAUCCUUAAUCGGUGAGGUUUCUUUAUGUCAGAUCAAGCUAUGUAACUAUUUAGCAGAUCCGUACAGGCUUGUCUGAAUAACUGUAUUGUCAGCAAUAUUAACCAUGUUAACAAUUAGUUACAACACGUUAACGAAUACUAACGCUGAAAAGAUUUUGAUUACUUAUGAUCCUUUUUUUGUUCUGUCACUGCAAUACUGACACGAACUAUUUUCAGUUCUUUAAAUGUUUGGACUAGUUAAGCAAGCUGAGAAAAUUUGGUAUCCACGUGGGCGUAAGUUUACAUUUUAAGCGGACGCCGGUCAAGUUUACAUUGACGUCGGUCAAAUUUCGGUUCAACACUUGUGUUUAGCAAAACGAAUUCAAAUUGACGACUUUUAAUUAAAAAAGGGCAUCAAGAGGAAGCUAUUGAGAGUCUUUAUCCUGCUUAGUAGAUUUAGAAAAAAUCAUAUCGUGAAAUUCGAAGUUGGCCUUGUAAUUUACAGAAAAGUGGUUCUUAGCCGGCGUACGAGGGUCUAGUUUCUAGGACAGAUCCCGGCCCAUAAGGAAAAUGUUAUGUUAAAUCAAAAUUGCAACAAUCCAACACUAUACAUUCUAUCGGUCUGUUACUAUGCAACAGAAGAAUUGACGAAAUAUAUCAGUGUGUACAAGAGAGAAUGAGAUCAUUCUCUCUUGGUGUGUACCGUGCUUACUCAACCUGCCGGCAUAAUUACUACGAUGGCUACGUGAGCGAAACGGAGACGUGGCUAAGAAAUCUCUAAGUCUACCGUUUCUGCAAUAAAAGAACAAACUAACCAGUGCUUUGGACAAGAAAUUUUACCAGUCAGAGAAAAUGCUGAGUAGAGGAAUCUCAAAGCCUAUCAGACCCUUCUGGAACUCAGCCCGGUAAUUAUAGCGAUGGAUUGAGCUUAGUUAAUACCCGUCGACACCAGUGUUGUUCCCGCGAAGUGUUGACACUGCACUGACAUGGUUAAGUCACUGUGAUAUGUAGGAAAUAACUAAACUGCGGAGUAGACAAAAAUAGCUUGUUUGUAGUUUUAAUAUGAAUAACAAGUUUUAGUUUAAUAGCCUUAUACUAACAGAGUGCUGCUUAGUUUUUAUAAUUGAAAGGGGCAAAAUGAUUCAGCCGAGAAUAUUCGUGCUAUGAUGCGUUCCCUUUGGUAUAAGUAAAUGUUUGUUUAAAGGAUUGCUGGGUUUGAUAGGCCCUUUAAACGCUACCACAAGGUAGAUUCUACAUGCUUAACAGUUUUAAGGUCAAGAGGAAUUAUGAAAAUGAGAAUCAAAAUAUAAACAUGUUCUUACACACUUCGUCAUACUGCAGUUUUAACUUCCUUAGUAACUUUUAGUGAGAAAGGAAGUCUUUAAUUUUUGGCACCGCAGAUUGGGCCGUUACUAGAAGAUGGAGUUUCUUGCAGGCUGAGGGCAGAAAAGAGAUUAUAUAAUUUUCCUUUUCCACCAUGAAGGUUCUUAAGAUCAGAAAAGAGGUUUAAGAUGGCAGAAUUUUUCUCUCUUUGGCGAUAGAAUUUGGAGCAUCUAGCGCAAUACUUUCAUUGAAUGAUCAAUACUUAUUUCUCCAGUGCAAUGAUGCCAUCAUUUUGUUAACCACUUUAAAUGUGCAAGUAAUUGAUAAAUUCAAUAAGUAGUUAGCGUGCGAAGACGGUUCAGGAACAAAGGAUUCCCGUCAGUCGGUAGAGAACGCAUGCGAAGAGACAGGUUUCCUCUCUCGUCGACCUGGGUGGCCUCCUUUCUCACGAACAUCGCUCAGUAAAAACCCGCGAGUAAGAACCUGCAUCUUCCCAUGUUAGCCUAAAUAGGUUCUUACUUUAAAUGUUAAUUAGCACAAAUUUAGGCUAUUUAGGUUCUUAAUAGGGUUCUUAUUUUCUGAAGAAGAAUAUGCAUUAUUUUAACUACGAGUAUUUAGCGGUAUUUAGCUUAAUCUGCAUCUACCAAGAAUUGCGCUGUUGGAGUGAUAAGGCACCUAAAGUAUCUCUCCAAAGAGGAUCUUGAAUGCUGACUUAUCUUAUUUGCCCAUGAGUACAGAAUUUUUUUUCAUAGAUUUUAGAAAACAAGAACCUGUUUCAAAAGUUAGGCUAAACAGGUUCUUGUGGGCCUAUAAACUAACAUGUUCUUAAAAACCAGGUUCUUACCCACGGUUUUUUAUUGUAUCUCGCUUUUACUUGCUACGCGUGCACAGGCUUAAUAGCCCCGCCGUGGUACAUGUACAUAAUCAAACCGUGCCUUUUUUUUCUUUUAGAUUCUGUAAGGAAUGUUUCUAAUGAAGAGAUCAAGGUGAUAAUGAAGAACAUGACAGAAAUAAGAAGCCGUGUCAGUUUUUUGAAGGAAACUGUGAAGGUAAUGGAACAUUAUUCAAGGUACGGUGUAGUUGCACCAGUUAACAAAAAGCUUUCGAAAUUUUCCUUGAAAUAUUAUAAGCAAUACGAUCUGUUGUUUCCAUUAAAGGUUGGAGUAAAUAAUGGUACAGGUCAUCGAGGGCCACCGGGCAGGGACGGAUUGAAUGGGGAGCGGGGACCACCGGGUCCGCCGGGUCGCCAAGGACCACCUGGACCUCCCGGACCUCCAGGACCACCCGGACCCAGGGGUUUUAAUGGAACACAAGGACUUAUGGGUCCUCCCGGUCCACAAGGACUCCAGGGAGCAACGGGGGUCAUGGGUAUUAAUGGCUCUCAAGGACCACCAGGACCCCCAGGCCCCGAGGGCCCAAGAGGACCACAUGGUUACAAUGCAACUCUGUCAGGAGGGGUUGGAUCAGGGGCAUUAGGCUCUCCAGGCCCCCCUGGAAGGCCCGGUGCUGGGAAUUUGUCCCUGUGCCAGUACAAGAACAAGAAAGAAGCAGCGCAAACAGCUGGAAACUCAGCAGAUUCUGUCGUCAGCCUCCGGGAAGAUGACCAUCCGGUAUGUGUAUCUUAAAACCCAAGUAUCUGAUUGGUAAUGACGUAAGGAAACAUUUUCAAGGAAUUGUGUUUAUAAGUUCGUCUGAAGAGAUAUAUAACUUCGGUUUAUCAGGCGAGUUUUAAUUUUAUCGUGCUGUAUUAUCUCUCGAACUGCUUUAGUACUGGUCCGCAAUAUUCCCCGGUUGCCUUUUGCACAGUGAUGGAGCGAUGCUCGUAAAGCUUCCGGAACUUGUUCGAAAGAGAACCGUGGGAGUUUCAAAUUCCAACGUAGGUUCACCAAAAAAUAAGUCAGACUAUUCUACCUACACAGGCAGUUCAAGUAGACAACAAUCUGCGAGGGGUGAUCGAUUUCUAAACGAAAAUAACAAACAAUUAAACCCUAAAACCAUAUCGUUAGGUUAAGGAUAUAAAAUUAUGUGCUACAUUGCGAAAUGGGUCGACAACUAUCAUCAUGGCCUACAGUGCAGGCGUAUUUUGGCGGCGGGCGAAGGCUACUUGGAUGUGUUUGCUUGUUAAUUAAGAGUAUUGCUUAUUCAUUCGUUUCCUUUCUUGCAGGGAUGGAAAAUUAUGGCCGCAACAUGUUCAACAAUAAGAGGAGCAGAGUACAUUAUGAGGGACGCAGUGUUUGUGCCAGGAACAAAUAUACCGGUAUACAGCUGUCAUUGUAAAGGAAAAGCGAGACUCUUUGUUCUUGGUCGAGGGUUUAUGAAGUGCGUCAUACACUACUGGAUAUGCCCCAUUAUAAGUUAAGUACUAACUGGGGCUAUAGGAUGAGAAAGGAGGUCGCAAAUGUUUAGUGUACUGGGAACAAAUAUACUUACAUAAAGUUGCCACUGUAAAGACCUGUGAAGGAGGCAUGCACGACUCUUUGUUAAUUAGUCCAGUCCUGGUUGUCCUGGGAGCCGCAGCCGUACUUGCAUUCAGUUGCCAGACUGUGGACUAGUGGCCAGCCAACAGUAUUGUGUGGGUUACUAGAUUUUCCGUGAGACCAUAAAUAAUUAAAUCAAAAUUGCACAAUUAGCAAUCAUUUAUAACUUUCCGUCAGGUUGAAAAAGCAGCACUUAACGGGUCAAAGAAAUAUAGAUUGUCUUCAGGCCACGGUGCAUUAUCCACUCACAUUAUCACGUUGUUUUCGAUUGGCUUAUAAAUAAUUUUUCAUAAACAC